AUGGCGCCGGCACCAGACCAACUCUCCUCGCCCGGUUCCGUGAGCUAUGAUUCCGACACCAUGGUGGUGGGGGAUGGGACGUGGGACUUUACCAAGAACACGUUCCUCCUCCCCAACUUGCAGGGCACCGACUUUGACACUAUGCGAUACAAUGGAAUGGGCAAUCGCUUCUCCACGCUUCACCAGUACCAUACCAUUAUCCUGGCCCACGGUAUCCUGGCUACCAUGGUGUUUCUCUUCCUGGUUCCCUUCUCUGUGAUGCUGAUUAGGUUCUACACGAGAGAGCCGAUCCAUACGAUUCGACACCACGCCCGACUCCAGGUCUUCUCGCUCUUGCUCCUGACGGCUGCCUUCAUAUUGCCCUUCUUCGCCGUAGGCCCCAAGAGAGCCCUCUCAAACCCUCACCAUGGAAUUGGCGUUGCCAUCUAUGUCAUGUUCGUCGUUCAACUCGUCGGUGGUCGAAUAAUCCAGCACAUUACCAAGAUGCGGUCUCUUCGCAUCAUGCUUCAUCAGUGGCUAGGCAGAGCCAUCGCCAUUCUUGGAAUCGUCCAGAUACCCCUCGGACUGACUCUAUACGGAUCGCCCAAGGUUCUUUUCAUCUUGUACGCUGUUUGGAUGGGUUUCCUGUUGCUGGUCUACUUUGUUCUUAGCUACCAGGCUGAGGGCCGUCGAGAUCAUUACAUUUCAGGAGGUCGCUCCGAAGCUGGCACUCGCAUUACCGGUAUUACCGAAUCCGAAUACUACUCUGAACAUAGAGAUGAACACCAUUCGAAGCUGAAGUGGCUGGGCCCUCUGGCCGCCGCCGCCGGAGUAUUUGCCUUGGCCAGAGGACGCAAAAACCACGAUGAUGAUCGUAGCCGAGUCCGCAGCCGGUCCCCAUCCAUGUCGAGAAGUCGUGGUCCAACGGUAAUCUCAUCGCGACCAAGCUAUUUUUCGGAAAAAUACUCGGAUGUUCCAGAACGAAGCGGUGGCGGAGGUGGUAUGCUCAAGGCAUUAGGGGGUGCGGCGGCCGUUUUCGGUGCUGGAAAGCUCUUUUCCAACUUCAUGAGCCGUCGCGACCGACGAGAUGAGGAAUAUUCGGCUGUAUCUACCGAAACCCCGCGCCGCAAUAGGUCUGGACGUGCCAUGACCGUCAGCGAGUACGCCAGCGAAUAUACCGAUGAUGCAUCCACCAUUCCGCCGUCGCGAGCCCCUGCCCCUACUCAGACCGCUUCCGCCUUUGGAGCUCGUGACUCGGGUCGGCGUUCGUCACUACCUCCUUCUCGUUCGGAUAUCCGCGGAAAUGCACGAGGAUAUGAUGACUCUGAUUAUUCAUCCUAUGUUUCUCCUUCGCGACGGCGAGAUGAACCUUCUGGUGGUGGUGGUGGGUUUGCCAAGGGCGUGCUCGCUACCUUGGGAGUUGGGUGGCUUGCCAAAAAGUUUGCCGACAGGCGUGCCAGGAAAGAAGAGGAUGACCGGUUCAGGGACGAGGAGGAAAUGAGGUCUGGCACUCAAUUCUCAAGGUACAGCCAAACCAACACGGAAUACACAUCUCCGAUUAGGAGAGAUUCUCGCCGUCCGCCCCAGAGGCGCAGCACCGUUACGGGAACCGAAUUAUCAUCAGACAUGACGGAAUCUACGUUUGACACCCAGACGGAGCUUUCACGGCCACCCCAAAAGGCGCCGCGUGGUGAGCGUCUGUCUAUGCCUUCCAUGCCUAGCGAUCCCCAUGGCGUUCUCCACCGUUCCGAGGUAUCUGAUGUGACUUCUCUGGCCGACCGACCUACGGGACGCAACCAGUCUCGACGACAAAUGGACAGCGAAAGGGCUGCAGCUGAGGCAGCGGCUAGGGCUAGUAACCUGGCAGCAAAAGAGCGAGGACGGUUUGGUAGCAGUUCGACGAGCCAGCCUUCAGGCGCCAGGUCGAGGGUUCAAGACAAAGACCGAAACGUCACCUUGCGAAAACUCACUGAAGAGGAGUCUUUGGGUCGCCGAUACCGCAGGGACGAUAGCCAGAGGAGGGCAGAGUCGGCAGCCGAGAGCAGAGCCGAAAGCAGAGUUCAGGACGAUUCCAGCCGAGUUGGGCCACUCCCCCCGCCAAACCCAUCAUAUGCCAAGGACAGACGCGGCAGAGACUCAGCUUAUUACUCUGGUCAGCCCGCUCAAGCCGGACCUUCUGGUCACCUAGCACCGCCGGGCAUGCAGCUGCCCAAUGCCAGCGUCUCUAGUAUUGGCAGCCAUGGCACAUGGAGUGGCAUGGGACCUCCAACAGAGGUUCCAAGCGGACCAGCAGCUGUGCCUCCGGUUGUACCGCCAGUCGUGCCGUCAACGGCACCGCCAACGGAGAUUAAGGAGGACAAGGGCAACGAGUCGGCCGCAGACAACAGAAGACGACGACGAGCGGAGCGACGACGAGCAAGCAGCAGCCACCCUCCUCCAUCCGGAACGGACACGUAUACGACUGACACGUAUGAUGAUACCGAGAGGGGAUAUUGA